AUGACAGAAAAUGAUGAUCUGUUGGCCAAGAUUGGCCAGCUCGCUGGUCAAAUCAACAGGCACAAAACCCAGUCUUCCCAGCCUUAUCAGCCUUCCUCCCACCAGUCGCAAUAUGUUUCUCGUCACGCACCCUCUCAUCCAGGAUGGGCACCUUACUCUCGAGGCAGAGGACGAGGUCGUCAUGCGGCGCCUCAUCGGAAUCGUACUUUGGUUCUGAAUAACGGAACCCCUGUAUCUGCCCACAGUAAUACCUCUUCUCCUGGCCCAUCCAGUGACAACGACGGCGAGGCGCGUCAACCGACAACCUCCAAUGGCUGGGUUGCAAAGCGCGAUCGUCACAUGCAGCUGAUCAACUCCGCCGUCUACGACAAGGAGAAACAAGCUCGCGCCAAGGCUAUGGAAGAAACCCGCAAGUUCAAGGAACAACGACGCGCUGAGCGCGAGCAGACCAAAGUUCUUCGGUACGCGCAGGCUGCCGGAACCGGCGCGACUGUUUCGACAAUCGCGCAACCAGCGGCUGCUCACCAGAUCCUUGUGAAUGAUAUCCCCUUCAAGAUUACACACGGUGGCAGCAAGCUGGUUCGGAUAUCAAGUACGAGAUCCUUGAAUCCUCUGUGUGUCCCUGGAACUGGCUUACCUGUCUUAGAUGAUCCAAACACAGCCAACACCACACCAAAGCGAGUCAACGUGGCUGGUGUGACAUUCGUCCGAAGCAAAAAUGGCAACCUCCACCGUCUUGGGGCCGUAGCCUCGAAAAAGUGUGUUAUCGACUCGUUGGACCCUCGAGCCUAUGCUAACCGCCACCUAAGACAUCCGACUACCGUUAAGAAACGCAACGAGCUCUGCAAGAGAUUCACCACGACCGGUAUUUUAUUUUCCAACGGACCUCGCCCUGCUCCGCUACCCCCUCCACUCCUUGUGGAUACUAACUUAUACUCACCCUUUUUAGGUACAUGCUACAAGGGGCCAGCGUGCCCAUUCGUCCACGACCCCAACAAAGUAGCCAUCUGCAAGGAUUUCCUUCAGACAGGCCAAUGCAGUGCCGGUAUGAGCUGUGACCUUUCCCACGAGCCCUCACCCCAUCGCUCUCCCACUUGUAUGCAUUUCCUUAGAGGCCGGUGCUCCAACCCGGAUUGUCGCUACUCCCAUGUGCGAGUGACACCAGGCGCCCCCGUUUGCCGCGCCUUCGCAACCCUAGGAUACUGCGAGAACGGUGCUUCCUGUGAAGAGCGCCAUGUGCACGAGUGCCCGGAUUACGCCAACACUGGCUCCUGCCCUAAGAAGCGCUGCCAACUGCCCCAUGUCGACCGUGCUGGCCAAAUCCGCAAGGCUGCUGCCGCCGCGGCAAGAGCCGAGGCAUCGGCUGACAAUGAGGAUGAGUCUGACCAGUCUAGUGAGGAAGAGGAUUACGAUGCGAUCGACUCGGAUGAUGUUGACUCGGACGAGUUUGACGACGUGUCUCCAGAGCUCCUUGAAGGAGUGGAUAGUGGUGAGAUGGCACAGCAACAUGAUUUUAUCAAAUUCUGA